ACUCUUCACUUGCUUAAGCCUCCUUCCGUUAUAAAUCCUGAGACUUGUAGGAUUAUCAUACUCACAUUCAACAUAGUUUGAAUUGCAUUAGCUUCCCCUAUAUACAUUUCGGAUCCAGAGUCUGUUAAAAAUAAAAGAUGGAAGCUGGACUUGCUCUUGCGAUUGCCAAUGGUGUGCUGGGCAAGCUUGGCCAGAUUGCAACAGAGCAAGCAUUGAAUGAAGCAUCUCUAUUGCUCAACUUCAAAAGUGACUUUAAAUGGUUGGAGAAGAAGCUGAGACAUAUCUCUGUUUCUCUACAAGUUGCAGAUGAGCAGAGUGAGCAAAAUAAAGAUGUGAAAGAAUGGUUGGCAGAAGUGAGGAAUAUUGUUUUUGAUGCAGAAGAUAUAAUUGAUGAGUGUGGUGUUGAGUAUUUGUAUACAAAUACCAGUCAAUCAUGUGUAUCCAAUUGCAGUCAAUUACUCUUUCGGUAUAAGAUGGGGAAGAGGAUUAAAGACAUCAAAGAGAGGAUUAGAUCUGCUAUUCAAGAUGCACAGGAGCUGAAGCUUUUCCGUGAGGUGGCCCAUUUAAGUCAGCCCUCAACUAGUACAUCCCAAAGUGAACGAAGAACAGAGUCGAAAAGAGGGAUUAUCUUGGACAAAGCUACACCAGCAGUGGCAGUGGAGCACAAGGUGGACGAAAUUCUGAGAUUGUUAGAAAACCCGGCCUUUCGAGUCGUCGCCGUCGUGGGAAUGGGCGGGUUAGGUAAAACAUUCCUUGUCCAGCACGUCUUCAACAGAUCAAAACAUAGGUAUGAGUGUUAUGCCAGGAUUUCUGUUUCCCAGACUUAUUCUCUUAGGAAAUUGCAGUGUGAUCUGGCCUUCCAAAUGAAUUUCCAAAUAGACAGUAGUAUAAGUGAUUGGCUAGCAGCUGAAUUUAUACAUGGAAAGUUAGAUGGCAGAAGAUGUUUGAUUGUUCUGGAUGACGUGUGGAGGACAAGUGUAGAAGGUAACUUGAUCUCCAGACUUGGGCUUCCCACUGGCAGUAAUAGCCAGUGUAUAAUAGUGGUUACCACUAGAAGUAGAGAUGUUGCUCAAAACCUGAAUGCCCAUAUCUAUGAGAUGCCACACCUCUCGGAGGAUGACAGUUGGAACCUAUUUUGCCAGUUUGCCUUCCGGGAUCGUGAGGGAAAUAGGCCACCUGAGCAACUGGAGAGGUUGGCUCACCAGAUUGUACAAGAAUGUGGGAGGCUGCCACUGGCCCUGAGGACUGUUGCUGCAUCCAUGGCCAGGUCUUCCCUCACGUCAGAUUGGGAUGCGAAAUUGGGACAGUUGAAAAAGGUAGGAACAGGAGAGGACUCCGUCAUGAAAAUUCUAAAGCUGAGUUAUGACUCCCUUCCUCCCUAUCUAAAAUCUUGCUUUGCUUAUUUUUCUUUCUUUCCAGAGGACACACAUAUUUUUUAUUGUACUUUUCCAAUAGAGGGAGCUAUAUAUUAUGAGGACUAUGUGAUAUAUUUGUGGAUAGCGGAAGGAUUCAUUCCGCAAGAAAAAGAUAGAGAACAGUGGGAUACUGGGUUAGAUUAUCUAAAUCAACUUGUAAAUUUAUGUUUGCUGGAAGUAGACAGAGUCAAGGGUUGUUACACUGUACAUGACUUGUUACUUGAUUUGGUUGUAAAUAUAUGUAAAGAACAUGAGUGUGAAUUUGAUCUUCCCUCCAAAGAAACAAGUUGCCGCAGAUUAUUAGUGGCUAAGAAAGAUAUAACCACCAAUGAGAUUUCAGAAAGGCGUCUUAAAUGCCAGCGGUUUCUCCGCACACUGUCAUUUUCUCAUAUUCCUGGUAUCACAAGUAUUCCACAACAGUUGCUCGAUCAUGUGAGAGUACUCCGGGUGAUUGAUUUUAGCCGCACUGCCAUCUCCACAUUGCCGAAAUGUGUUGGGAACUUGAAACUUAUGAGAGUUUUGAAUUUGUCUUACACACAGAUCAGGGAGCUGCCGGCUUGUGUAAGAAGACUCAAGAGUCUUCAGUUCCUUGAUGUCUCCUUUUGCAAAAGCCUACAAAGUCUCCCUCAUUGGAUAGGAGAGCUCAGUCGUCUUUCCCAUCUCAAUCUAGAACGGUGCUCAGAUUGGGGUACUCUUACUCUAGCAUAUAUGCCCAAGGGAAUAUCACAGUUCUUGAGUCUGAGAACGCUGAAAUCAGAUUGCUUCAUACUGUCUACUGAAGAAAAUGAAUUCUUAAGUGUUAAAGAUGUUGGCAAUUUGACCAAUCUCCAGGAAAUAAGCUUCAGUUUAAAAGAUGUAAGCGGAUUGACAAGUUUAGAAGACGGCAUCUUUGACCAUCUGGUCAAAAUGAGAAUUCUGCGAGUAGCCAAUAUUAUUCCAGCAACGGAGAGUGAUAGAGAAGAAUCCAGUCUUCCAGCAUUCCCAGAGAAAAUGAAUGUUAUGAAAGAUCUUCAACAACUUUAUCUUAGCCGUUUCUCUGUGCCAAGUUGGAUAUGUGGAAUGGAAAAUCUGACAGACCUUUUCUUGGAUGAGUGCUGCGAUUAUUCGUCGCUCCAAAAGAUGCCCAGAUUACGAUUAUUAUGCCUGAGGAAUGAUUCAAAAUGCAGAGAAUUGCCAAAGGAGUUCGGAGAGAGUGGGGGAUUUCCUAAGCUGGUUAAGCUGCAGAUUGAAGACUUCCCUCUUUUGGAGGAGUUGCCGGCGUUGGAAGAGGGGGCGAUGCCACGUCUGGAAGGACUAGGAAUAAUGAAUUGUCCGUUGGUGAAGAGAGUUCCGGAGGGAUUGGAGCAGAUUGAAGACUUCCCUCUUUUGGAGGAGUUGCCGGCGUUGGAAGAGGGGGCGAUGCCACGUCUGGAAGGACUAGGAAUAAUGAAUUGUCCGUUGGUGAAGAGAGUUCCGGAGGGAUUGGAGCGGUGGCACUGGCUAUCCAGGGGAAAAUUUGUACCGUCUGGAUAGCCGUGCUUCCUCGGUCCGUGCCCCUCCGCGUUCGUGUCUGCCCGCCUGCGUGAAAGGUGCCCGUGAAAGGACGUCGCCCAGUUUUUACACCCGUCUAAAAGUUGAUGCCUGAUCUUGUCGGAAACUUUUCCUCUGUACCCGCUGGCCUUUUAGUGGGGUACAUGUCUUGCACUGUAGAGGUGAGAUGGUCAUCGCACACCGUAGUGCAAGGCAUGGGCCAGUGGAUGCCUUUAAAAAAAAUUAUAUAUAUUUUUAAAAUGUAUUAUUUAUUAUUUAAUAUAUUUUAUGUAAUAUAUUUUUAA